AUGCUCAAUAAUUAUUUAAAAAACUUACAACAAUAUAAUUAUGAUCGAAAACAAUCUUCAUCUGAUGAGAAUGAAAAUAAUGAUGACUAUUUGUUUCUAGACACAUCGACACCAAUAUUAACAAUUACAAAAUUAAAAAGCAACACAGAAGAACUAGUUGGUAUUCAACAAAAACCGCAAAAAGUCAUCGAUUGGUUUCCAAUUAUAUCAAUAAUUUUAGCUGCUAUUAUUUGCCUUAUUGCUUUCAUUAUUUUAUGGAAACGACAAAUAGAUCAUCGUCGUUAUAUUCAUCAUCAAAUAAAACGACGAGAAAAUAAACGAAAUAAAAAUAAUAAUCAAAUAUUAUUGACUUCAUUCGAUGCAGCUGAAUGUAUUGAUGGUGACAUGGAAUUUGUAGCUGGACUUCAUAUACAUUUGGCUAAAGGUAAUUUAACACUGAACGAUAACGAUGCUCAAAUGGUCAGUUAG